AUGGGUGGUCGGCUUCUGCAGGGUGCUCUGAUGCCGAGAUCCUCUUCCCUUGCAGAUCAGUGGCAGGAGGAGAUGCGCUCCGCUUCCGUGCGUCUGCGGCCCUUAUGGCGGGGGGUGUCCACGAUGGACAUGCGACAGAUCAGAUGCUGCCGACUGUGCGAUUCGUGAGCAGUGCCCGCGUUGACCCCGUCUCUGGUGAUGCUCUGGAGGGUGGACCGGCCGUCCCCAAGGAGUGCUGGUCGGACCAGGCGCCUGGCUCCACCCCGGAGGUCGAGAGGGAUUCGGGCAGAUCAAGCCCGGCGCCCGCUCGAGGGAGCCACCAGAGCCAGGAUUCGCCUGAGGACGAUGUGAACGCUACCAAAGUAAGGACCUCGAGCCUCAAAGACAAAAACAGAGGCCGACGAAGCAGUCUCCAAGAGGGGCGUGAACAAAGAAGUUUGGCGCGAGCAAAGGCCAAGAAAAAGCUGCCCAAUGGCUUUGCCUUACAAGAGCGCAUGGAGAACAAGGUAUCUUCACGGCGCCGGAUAUCUCAAAUCGCAGCGCAGGACCAGCAUAGCCGCUGGACAAGGGCACGCUUGUGGCUGCUCCCUGUGGUUCGCCACAAGUACUUCAACCUGUUUGCUGCCAUCGUGAUCAUGGCAAACGCUUUGUUUAUGGGCGUGGAGACAUCCUGGAUUUCCUGCUCUGGUGAUGUGGAGGGGAUCGGAUGGUAUAUAGCCAAUGUAUGUUUCACCCAGCUUUUUGUUGUGGAGCUCGCACUUCGCUGGUUCGUAGAAGGCCUACCUUUCUGGUUCGAUCCCUGGAACGUCUUUGAUGCACUCUUGGUUCUGUUUUCGUUGUUCGACGAUUUCGUGCUGGCUUUCCUGCUCUCGGACACAUCCCAAUCCCAGAAUCUGAAGGUAGUUUUCAGAAUCGCCCGGAUGAUACGGUUUGUGCGGGUGCUACGGCUGCUCAGACUGUUCAAGGGCCUCUGGUACCUGGUGGAGGGCAUUGUGGCAUCGCUGAGUUCGCUGGCUUGGGCUUGGCUGCUCUUAAUUGUAAUGAUGUAUCUUCCGGCGAUAUUUGUCACACAGACAUUCGGGAAGGAUGUGAAUGCAGAUGCAAAAACACUAGAGUACUUCGGCUCGCUUCCGCAGAGCAUGUACACGCUCUUCAAGGUUAUGACCAUGGAGACAUGGGCUGAUAUUGCCCGGCAUACAGCCAGGCUAUAUCCAGGUGCUGAGAUCUUCUUCGUGCUCUACAUCUUCUGUACCAGUCUUGCAGUGAUGAAUGUCGUCGUUGCUGUGAUUGUGCAGAACACAUGUGUUCACGCGAAGGAGAGGCAAGAGGACAUGCGCUCCUUCCAGGAAAAGAAGGAUGCCAGUGCCAUGCUCAAGAUUCUAGAAGUCUUCCAGACUGCAGAUGUCCAGAACACGGGGACAGUCACGAAGAAGGAGUUUCUGGAAGCCAUGAACAUUCCGUCCGUUAUGCAGCUGAUGCAUGAGGUGCAGAUCGACGUGCGACAGGUGGAAACCUUGUUCGACGUCCUGGACUACAACGGCUCCGGCAGGAUGGACUCCGAAGAGUUCGUGGAG